AUGUUGCUUCAUACAGCGGCCCUCGUGGUCCUUCUAGCUCUGGUCCAGCUAGCUGUAUGCGCCGAGGACUAUUACAAGAUUCUCGGUGUAAACAGACAAGCUUCAAACAAAGAACUAAAGCAAGCGUACCGACAAUUGUCCAAAAAGUUCCAUCCAGACAAGAAUCCUGGCGAUGAUACAGCACACGAUAAGUUCGUCGAAGUCUCCGAAGCCUACGAUGUCCUAAGCGACGAGGAAAUGCGCAAGGUCUACGACCAUCACGGCCACGAGGGUGUCCAGCAGCGCCGUCAGGGAGGCGGAGGCGGCGGUGGUCAUGAUCCCUUUGAUCUCUUUAGCCGUUUCUUCGGCGGCCACGGUCACUUCGGUCGAGCAUCCAGCGAACCCCGAGGCCACAACGUCGAAGUCCGUGUCGAAAUCACCCUCCGCGAUUUUUACAACGGCGCCACUACCGAAUUCUCUUGGAACAAGCAACAUAUCUGCGAAUCCUGUGAAGGUACUGGAAGUGCAGAUGGUCAUGUCGAUACCUGCCAGCAUUGUAAUGGCCACGGUGUCCGUCUCAUGAAGCGCCAGCUCGCUCCUGGCAUGUUCCAGCAGUUCCAGCAACGAUGCGACGCCUGUGGUGGUCGAGGCAAGCACAUCAAGCAUAAAUGUACAGUCUGUCAUGGUGAGCGAGUCGAGAAGAAGUCCACGCCCGUCCAACUCAACAUCGCGCGCGGAGCCGCUCGUGAUUCCCGCCUUGUCUACGAGAAUGAAGCCGACGAGAGUCCUGAUUGGGUUCCUGGUGAUUUGCUGGUUACAUUGUCUGAAAAGGAGCCUUCAUAUGAAAACAACCCCGACAAGGUUGACGGCGCAUUCUUCCGUCGCAAGGGUAACGACCUUUACUGGAACGAAGUUCUUUCUCUCCGUGAGGCCUGGAUGGGCGGUUGGACUCGCAACCUCACUCAUCUCGAUAACCACGUCGUUCGUCUAAGCCGGCCCCGCGGCCAAGUUAUCCAGCCCGGUCACGUCGAGACCGUCGCAGGCGAGGGCAUGCCCAUCUGGCACGAAGACGGCGACAGCGUCUACCACAAGACCGAGUUCGGAAACCUAUACGUCGAGUACACAGUCGUGCUACCCGAUCAGAUGGGUACCAACAUGGAAACUGAAUUCUGGGGUCUCUGGGAAAAGUGGCGACUCAAGAACGGCGUUGACCUGCAAAAAGAUAGCGGACGACCAGAGCCAGAGCGUGCUCAUGAUGAGUUAUGA